AUGGCCAACACGCCUUUCGCCACGCCGUCUCUCGACCGCGAGACGCUUGAUCGCGCCAUCGUCCAAAUGGGGCGUCCUGAGGCAUGGAGUCCGCUCCUGCAGCGGCUCAAUGACGGCAAGCCUCUUCGCCUCGGAGUCUUUGGGGCCUCUGUCGCACAGCAUGGUGGCUGUCUUGACCAGCCCUACAAGCGGUGCAUGGAGUUUGACGGUGUGAGCUUGGCCGAAAUGUCAUGGGGCGAGCCUCGUAAGCGGCCAGUCAAGGGCUGGGCUGUUAGCCUUCUCGAGCACUUCAAUAGCUUGUGGCCGCACCCGCAGCACCAGCUCAACAACAGCGCACUAGACGCCACGCCUGCGCAGGCAGUGCUGCCCUGCCUCUUCUCACAUUUUCCAACUCAGCUCGAUAUGGUGGUCCUUGAAUUUGGCUCGAUGGCGCAAAGUCUUGACCGCUUCGCUGUCGAGGCCGUCGCGCGCAGGUUGCUGAUGAUGCGCCCUCGCCCGCUGCUCCUCCUCCUCUCUGUGCACGCCUGGUGCAACAUGGCGAAGUCGCCUGGCACACCACCCGCUCUUUUCCGCGAAGGAGAUCGAAUCGGGUCGAUGCGCUAUCCGAAGACGCCGUGGUCGGUCGUCGAGGACGAGGCGAGUGCGGUGUGUGAGCGGUAUGGCCAGGCGUGCAUCUCUGUGCACCGUGCGCUGAUGCCACACGUCAGAGCAGGCGCCACCGGCUUCAGCAUCGAUGACAUUACCGGCCCAGACUGCCUGCAUCCAGUCAAUGGCCGGCAUGGCCUGCAGUACGUCGAUCAGAUGCUGCGGCAUUAUGUGGACCGCGUGCGGCUUGCCUACUCUCGGGGCGGCCGCGGAAGCGGAGCUGCUCGCGCGCCACCGUGGGACACCAGCGGCGGGAAAGCGGGCAGUGCGGCCUUUCCCACUCCGCUGCACCGGCGGAAUUCUGUCUCGCCGCCCGCGGCUCGCUGCUACUCCUUCUUGCAGCCGACAGUUCAGAAUGGCCGCCUCAACCACCUCUUUCAAACGAGGCAGCCGAUCGGCUGGCAGUCGGCGAGCUGCGCCGCUGCCGGCGUGUGGCACCCGACAUCGGUGCCCACGCGGCAGCCUCCGCUGGCCGGAUUGCCCGGCCGGAGGUACCACUCCGCGGGAGUGAGUGGCGGGGAGGGCUGUGUGGCGCGCGCGCCUCCCGGUGACGAGUGCCCGGUGUCUCGCUUCGCUGCUCGAUUACCCGCCUUCUUGGCGACCAAGCCGCAGGGCUGGUUCUUUUGCCGCCGCGCGCUGAGCCGGAGCGCCAAGAUCAGCCAGGGCGUGGUGGCACUCGAAGCGGGGGCGACCCUGCGCGCCGUGGUCGACACGCGCGUGCUGGAGGGCGAGGGUGCCGGCGCCGCGGACAACAAGAGCGCGGCUGUACACCUCGGCUUGCAGUACCUCGCCUCGUACGAGGGCAUGGGAAAGGUCGAGCUGCGCUGCGUCAGCGUCUGCUCGUGCUCGACCCACAUGCUCGAUGCGCAUCGGCCAGAGGAGCGCGCCUCCAUCUACAUCACCCACAACUUUCCUAUUUGGGGCGCAGUGGCGCGAUGCGAACUCCAGCUGCAAGUCCUCAACGCCAGCUCGCCCGGUGGCGGCACCAAGUUUAAGGUUCGCAGCCUCGUCGUCACGGCGAGCGCCCACAGCGACGCGGCGCAUGACAUACGUAAGUAG